AUGGGAACUAACCCAAAAAGGACAGUGACGGUCCAGAUGGUGCCUCAGCUGGAUGUGGUGGACACGCUGGGCAAUACGGAGUUGAAUGCCAACUGGGCUAAAGAUCCCAACCUAAAACUCUCUCAGGUUUGUCCAAAUUCCAGCCCCACAUCUUCUGACCACAAACAGGAUAACUUAUCUCCAACUGAUGCUCCCGCUAACCCCAUCCCACAAACCCAAAAAACAACUUCCAAUGGAAGCGAUCCAGUUAGCAGCGCUAUGUCGGACAAACCAACACCAACCAAUGGAAACCAGAUAAAAUCAGAGUGUGGGACAGGUGGAGACCAACAGAUGCCAGACCUGUCUCUCGCAAGCCAAGGUGUGGGUGAAGCAGGAAGCGACCAGAGGGAUGCUAAUGCUAAUAUAAGAAUAUUAAGCCCGGCUGAUGAAAAGGAUAUGUGUAAAGCCAGUUUGUCAUCUGCUGCUACAGCGUCAAAGGUCGACACACAGACCAAUGACUGCAGAGUAAAAGAGCCAAGUUCACCAGGGGAGGAGUGUGCAAAGCCUGCAAUGCUGAGCGGUGCAACAUCCUCAGCCAAAGCAACACUGCAAGAGGACAGUACAAAUCAUGUCUCUGCAAAUAAUCAAAAUCCUAACAACGCUGGUGACUUAAAACAUGCUGCAUCUGAAGUAUUUACACCUCCACAGGAUAAUAAAGGAAUUACCUCAGCUGCUGUAAACAAGGACACUGCUUUACCACAUAAAUCUAAAGAACCCGAUAAAUCUAAAGAGCCUGAUCAUAUUCAAAGGUGCUCACAAAGCUCUGUCUCUCUGCAAGAGUCACCUAAACCUAAGAAAAGCAUGGAAACAGCAGCUUCACUUAGCUCUACUUCACCUCCAGAUAAGAGCCAAGGCACAGAGGCCGAGAAUACAAAUAAGAAUUCAAGUUUAACACACCCAGAGAAAGAUUUGCAACUAGUAAAGAAAUCACAAGUCUCCAUCGAUACACAUCAGCCAGUGUCUUCACAGAAAGAGUCCUCCACUCUGCCCCUGGCUAUACGUAACAUGCCGACAUCUGGGCAGGUGGCUGAGGACACCAGCCAGACCGACACAGCUGUCUUUGAGGGGCAGCAGCAGCAGCUGAAGUUGAAGGUUUACAAGGAAGCUUCAACCAUGACCUCAUCCCUGUCAUCCACCCCAGUCAAGCAGCGUCAUGAUAUGGAGGUUCAGGCAGUAGCAAACACGUGCAGUAAGGCUGUGUCCACAAGUCCGAGUCUGCUGCCCAUCACUGUGACUCGCAAGCCAAGCACUGGUGCAAUGCCUAAGGAGGAGGCACAGAGCCUGGCUGUUGUGUACCAGGUCGACGGGGGUUUGGGCAUCCAUCAGAUUGGGACAUCACAGAUGAAUAUAACUUCUCUUAACGCCUCUCCUGAUCCCAAGCCAGAGACACUCACUGUUGAGGCAGAGAUGUGCCCCAACCAGAAUGCCAGGCUCAUAGCAAAGCCUAAUGAACCAGGAUCAGCUCUAUGCAACACCCAGCCAGUUUAUCAAAUCAACAUUGAACACAGCAAUCACAAGGAGCAGGGAGAGACAAGUAACUCCCCAAAAAAACCUGCAGUUCAGACAUCUGCAGCGAUAACAUCCACUGCUGGAGCUCCCUCUUUGAAAUCAGGAACUGCCCCAGAGACAAAUGUUGCUACCAAGCUUGGAUCUGCUGACAGUAAGAAAGCUGCGGUGUCUCAGGCUACUGUAACAACCAAGCCCAAGGAGGCCCUGCCAACAGCAACUACAGCAAACACCAAAUCCAAGUCAGAUGCAACAAAAAAGAAAGAGAGUCCUAAAAAAAAGACUAAAUCUGCAAGUAAAGCUCUGACGAAGCUGCUGAAUUCUGACAAAAAGAAGAUGGAACCAGAGAGGAAUAACGAGGAGGAUGACCAGUCAGGGAAACAGAAAGGAAAGAGCGUCCAUGAUGUUGUCUGGGAUGAACAAGGGAUGACUUGGGAGGUCUACGGGGCUUCUGUGGACCCAGAAUCCCUCGGUUUUGCCAUUCAGAGCCACUUGCAGUGUAAAAUCAAGGAACAAGAGAGGAAACUCAUAGUCCGGACCUCCAUCCGAAAGUCAAUCUCCGGUGCGGACUCACCGCGACAUGGCAGGAAGAACAAAAGGCGGCAGCAGAACAUUUUCAGGUCAAUGCUGCAAAAUGUCAGACGGCCCAACUGCUGCGUGCGUCCCCCUCCCUCCUCCGUCCUCGAGUAA